AUGACGGAAACAUCCUCGAUCAAGAUUGCCGUGAUUGGCGGGGGCCUGGCUGGUGCAACCAUUGCACAUGCCCUCCUUCGACAUGCUCACCUCGACGUCCACAUCUACGAAUCAGCGCCCGAGUUCUCCGAGCGCGGCGCAGCUGUCGGACUGGCCAGCGAUGCACAGCGGGCUCUGAAACAAGUCGUCGGGGAGGCCGAGGCCAGCAGCCUGCUUGAGAAAGCAGGCGCGGUACCUCAGGCGUCUACGCGACUGUGCAUUGGAUCGGGACCGCAGGCAGGAACCGUCAUGAUGGAUCUCGGUGGUGGUGACCCGAAGGACGCUGGGAGGGUUGUGCACCGUGCUUCGCUCCUCCGCGAGCUCCUCGCGCCGCUUCCCACCGGCCGACUUCACGCGAGCAAGGCACUCUCCGAGAUCACCCCUGCUGCUGAUGGUGAGGGUGGCGUCAAAGUCACUUUCCGUGACGGACAAGAAGUGACCUUCGACGCGGUCAUCGGCGCAGACGGCAUCUUCGGCGCUGUGAGACGGCAUGUGUUGCAGGGGGCUGCCGAUGCCGAGGGAGCUUCAGCCGCCGGGUUCUGGGACUGCAGAAAUCUCGUUCCGUUUGAAAAGGCGCGGGACACCCUCGGCGCGAAGUUCUUCGAGCAGGAUCGGCAGUACGGAUGGGCUGGGAACGGAGCAUUCAUCAUGCAUGAUGUCUUGGAGAACAGAACCAAGGUGCAGUGUGUCGUAUCGGCUGUCGAGAAAGAUCACCCCAAGGAUCGCAAGAGGGCCUUGACGCGGGAGUUCCUAGAGGAGACCUUGCGUGACUGGCUUGACGGGCCAGUUGGCAAGGGUAUGAUAGAGCUUAUGCUCGACCAAGACGAUCCUCAAGCAUAUUCUCAGUGGGAACACAAAUCCACCAGCACCUUCGCCAAUGGCCGGGUUUGUAUCGCCGGUGAUGCUGCUCACGCCACGACUCCGUGGCAGGGCGCCGGUGCCGGCCAGGCUUUCGAGGACGCCUUGAUUCUAGGCAUUUUACUCGGCCAGGUCAAGCGGCCGUCUGAGAUUUCUCAUGCUUUCCAGGCCUACAGUGCUGUUAGGAAGGAGAGGUGUCAGAGGGUCAUUGACUCUAGCAGGGGAACGGGGCAGAUCUUCUGUGGUCAGAACCCGGAGGCUGGCUUGGAGCCUGACAAGAUCAUGGGCCUCUUGGCACCUAGAUGGGGGUUCAUCGGCGGUAUCGAUUUUGAUGCUUAUAAGGAAGAAGCGUUGGCCAAGAUGAAGGAGCUUCAGGGAAUUUGA